CUCGUCACACCUUGGACUGACACGCAACGCUUGCACCUCAUUUCCGGACUAUCGGUCUCAAGUACUGUGUAUACUUAUCUACUGGAUCGUGGACAUUCUGCGAGUCCUUGUGACGGUCACUAUAGAAUAGCUUACCCCUACAGUACUAGUACAUUGUCGAUGCCACGCAAGGUGGCUGUGAGCGAGCACGAUGAUUCCGGUCGCCUGAUAGCUUCAUACACUAUUGGAGACUCGCUGGCGAAGAAAGAGUUGCCGUCCGAUGCUAUUAGUGUUCAACGCAAACGGAGAACCUGGAGACAUGUCCUCAGCAACGUCUUCCUUCCUGCAGGCUAUCCUGCCACCGUAUCACCUGACUACCUAUGGUAUUCAAUCUACAACGCACUGCAGGCCUUCUGCAGCUCCCUGGCAGGGUUGAUCGCGUCCCGUGCGGUACUACAAGGUCAUGGUGUUGGCAAAGCGGAUGCCUCUGCAACUCACGCCAUCUUCUUGACUGUGAUACAAGACAUAUUUAGUCGUCUAACAACUAUCAUUGCUGCGUACUAUCUGGGCACUUCCCUCUUUCCAGAAGCGAAGACCUACCGUCUCGCCGCAGAUAUAUUCAAUGACGCCUCAAUCAUCUUCGACACGAUUUCACCUCAUCUCGGCUUCUUAGAACUGACAGAUAGAUACCCCUUCGUGCGAUAUGGCACGGGCUCGUCUCUAAGAAUCGCGUCGCUUUGCCUGAGCGGCGCGUUUCGUGCUCUUUGCGGAGUCGUCGCUGGAGGCUCCAAAACGGCGCUGACCGUGCACUUCGCGACGUCUGGUCGAAUAUCUGGUGAUGUGGGCGAUCUGAAUGCCAAGGAUGGUAGCAAAGAGACCGUUCUUGCGCUGCUGGGCAUGCUGGGAGGGUCCCUCGUGAUGCACUACGUUCACGACACAACAUUAACUUUGAUUGUGUUGUUCACCCUCCUUUUCCUUCAUCUUUGGGCGAACUACCGCGCAGUCAGGGUAGUAACACUUCGCACUCUUAACCGGCAGAGGGCCAACAUCGUUUGGACGGCGUACCGGCCCAAGAUGUCCGGAAACCUGGCAGACCAAAGUGGCAGCCCGAAGAUACUCACCCCGGAGGCCGUAUCCGCCCUGGAGUACAUCUUCGUCAACCCAAGCCGCUUGCACGACCUCUCCGCGCGUUCAGCACCCUUGCUAGGUCACUGCCAUAUCGGGUCCUCGUUCGCCGCGAUCACCUCCGGCGCACCGACCAUUCCAGGCGUCGACGCGACGAAGUCGGGCCACAAGGGACUCCACGUCCCAAACGCUUCGCAAAUCGAGUCGAUCCUCGAAUUCUUCGAGGACGAGCAGUACGUCCUCUGGUUCGACCCACACGCCCGCGGGGCCUGUCGCAUGCACAUAUGCUUGAAGGCAGGGCACAAACCUGCGGACCACCUGAAGGCCUGGGCGCACGCGCAAGAGGCUGGGAGGAUCCUUGACGGCCGAGCACCCGGAAGCUUCGACGUGGCCAUGUCCGCAGUCGAGAUCGCCUUUAGUCUGGUGGAGGAGUCCUUCCCUGCGUUCCUGGAGGGAAUCCUCGCUGCAGGCUGGAAGGUCGACGAGGGAGGCAUGGUCGCCGGCUCACCGCUCGUGCUGUCCGUGGACAAUGGCGAGGCGCGCCUGGGAGAAGAGGUAGAUGAAGACCGCAAGAACGUAUAGAUCGCUAGAUCGUGUACAUAGGCAAUGUGAGUAGAUGAGGAUUAGAGCCGAAGUGGCGGCCGCACUGGCCUGUGUCUCGCC